UUCCCCUUUCAGCACCCGAAUGCCGUUUUGCACAGAAGCGGCGACGGCGGUGGCGACGCUGGAAAGCGCCUUGCCAGCCGGCGCCAUGGCGAAGCUGCCUUCGCCCAGCCCGCCGGAGCCCCAGCAGCAACAGCGGCUCUUCCUCCUGCCCAGGCAGCGGUCGUUGGCCUCCCCCUUGGUGCUCAAUCCCUUCGUGCAAGAGACGCGUCUGGACGCCAAGGAAAAAACCUGGGCGUUCUUCUUGGGCCUUAUUCUCCUUCCUCUACGCAUUGUGUUCAUCCUGCUCCUGGUGGUCCUGGCAUGGCCUUUUGUACUUCUGGCGACAUCCCGUGGCACUGAAAAAGGCUUGCUACCACUUCGAGGAUGGAAAAGGAGACUAUCCAACAUCGGCCUUAUCAUCUUUGGCCAAGCCUUGUUCUUUGCGAUGGGCUUCCACGUCAAAGUCAAAGGGAAAGUCGCUAGUCCUCAACAGGCACCAAUCUUAGCAGUAGCUCCACACUCGAGCUUUUUUGACAGCAUCGUUUGUGCUGUGGCAGGCCUGCCCUCGGUGGUCUCCAAGGAAGAGAAUAUCUGGGUGCCCAUUUUUGGCCGGUUCCUUGAUGCCCUCCAGCCUGUGCUGGUCUCACGGAGUGACCCAGAUUCUCGGAAGCAUACUAUCCAUGAAAUAACGAAACGGGCAACCUCAGGAGAACAAUGGCCUCAGGUAAUGAUUUUCCCAGAAGGAACGUGCACAAACCGAUCGUGUUUGAUCACUUUUAAACAAGGAGCUUUUAUUCCUGGGGUUCCUGUUCAGCCUGUGCUUAUUCGCUACCCCAACAAAGUGGAUACUGUGACAUGGACCUGGCAAGGAUACAGCUUCAAGCAGGCCUUAGUGCUGACUUUGUGCCAGCUCUUUACGAAAGUUGAAGUGGAGUUUCUUCCUGUUCAUGUCCCAUCUGAGGCAGAAAAGAAAGACCCCGUCCUUUUCGCUAACAAAGUCCGUAACAAGAUGGCAAGCGCUUUGGAUGUGCCCGUCACAGAUCACACUUACGAAGAUUGUCGGCUGAUGAUUUCGGCUGGGAAGUUAACUCUCCCCAUGGAAGCUGGUUUGGUCGAAUUCACAAAAAUCAGCAAGAAGUUGAAUCUCAAAUGGGACAGCAUCCGCGAGCAGCUGGAUCAAUUUGCAGGGAUCGCCAGCACGUCCAAAGGCGGUCGGAUCGGGAUCGAAGAGUUUGCUAACUAUUUGAAACUGCCGGUCUCCGAUGUCUUGCGUGAGCUGUUUACUCUCUUUGACAGAAACGGCGAUGGGACCAUAGACUUUCGAGAAUAUGUGAUUGGUUUGUCCGUCCUGUGUAAUCCCGCCAACACGGAGCAAACAAUCCAGAUGGCAUUUCAGCUUUUCGACAUUGAUGAAGAUGGCAGCAUAACAGAAGACGAAUUCGCCCUAAUUAUCCGUUCGUCACUUGGGCUUCCUGACCUCGAUGUUUCGAACCUCUUCAAGGAGAUUGAUGCUGAUCACUCUAACAAACUCUCCUAUGAAGAGUUCAAGGAUUUUGCUGAGAAGCAUCCUGAAUACGCCAAGCUGUUUACAACGUAUCUUGAGCUUCAACGCUGCCAGCUGUUGACAGAGGCGGAAUUCACUUCCGGGGAAGUCACCCCUAUCACCUCUUCUUCUGAAACAACUCCGGUGCCAAGGAACAAAGUCUGCCCCCAACCGACUGAAGACGAGCAUUCAAAUAUUUCAGAUAAAAAAGAAGACUGAACCUCAAAAGCCUAAUAUAUACAUUUAUUUAAGCCACAGAAGGAUUCCUUUUUAUUAAAUCCAAAUCU